AUGUGGUCGGCACCGGCAGACCUCAUAGCGGCGAGGGACAACGAUCAGACACAAGCGUUCUUGGACGCGAUUAAGAGCCCCUUCUAUACAGAGUCGCAAGCAAACUCUGCAGUCGCCUCCCUGGGCUUCUCCCUAGGCCUUGCAGUUCUCGUGGCCCUCCUCUUCUGCUUCCUCCGACCGUACAACAACGUUGUCUACGCCCCUCGAGCCAAGUAUGCCGACAGCAAGCAUGCGCCCCCUCCCGUCAGCAAAGGUCUGUUUGGCUGGAUCCCACCGAUAUUGCGGACGAAAGAGCAAGAUUUGGUAGAAAGAGUUGGGUUGGACGCCGCCGUUUUCAUGCGGGUGUGUCGCAUGCUGAGAAACAUUUUCUCGAUUGUGGCCGUUCUUGGAUGCGGUAUCAUCAUCCCCGUCAACGUCAUCGCUGCCAACCGCGAUGAGAAUAAAGGUGUUGGGUGGUUUGCAAGGAUACAGCCACAGUACAGCUUUGGCAGUAAGAGUUAUUGGGCAUAUGUCGUGGUGUCAUACAUUUUCGAUGGAGUCAUACUGUUCUUCCUGUGGAUCAACUAUCGGGCAAUCGUGAAGUUGCGAACGGAUUACUUCAACAGCCCGGACUAUCAACGAAGCUUGCAUGCUCGAACGUUGUUGGUCUUGGAUGUUCCGCAAGAACUUCGGUCAGAUGAAGGGUUGGCGAGGAUCACAGACGAGGUCAAGGCAACCCACGACAUGCCUCGGACUGCAAUUGCUCGCAAUGUCAAGGAUUUGCCAGAGUUGGUCGAAGAGCACGAGAAGGCGGUGCGAGAGCUGGAGGAGCAUCUGGCGAAAUACCUGAAGAAUCCGGACCGUCUCCCUGCGAAACGACCCACGUGCAAGCCACACAAGAGCGACAAGUCUCAUGGCACUUACCCCAAGGGCUCGAGAGUCGAUGCAAUUGAGUACUUGACUGGUCGUAUCAAAGAGCUGGAGAUUGAGAUCCGGGAGGUUCGAGAGACGGUCGACAAGCGCAAUACCUUGUCAUACGGGUUUGCCAGCUACCAGAGCAUACCAGUUGCACACAGUGUUGCGUAUGAUGCGCGCAAGAAGGCCCCGCAUAACACCAUCGUCCGCCUGGCACCAAAGCCCAACGAUCUGGUGUGGAAGAACCUGAACAUGUCCAAAAAGCAGCGAGGACGGCAAAACUUCAUCAACGGCAUCUGGAUCACUCUGCUCACAGUCCUCUGGAUCAUUCCCAACAUUUUCAUCGCGGUCUUUCUCUCCCAGCUGAACAACUUGGCGAACAUCUGGCCAGGUUUCAAGGAGGAGUAUUAUGCACAUCCGACGUUGUGGGCAAUCGUGCAGGGUGUACUCGCGCCUGCCCUCACAACCGCGUUCUACUUCUACCUUCCCGCCAUCUUUCGACGACUCUGCAUUAACGCUGGAGACGUGACCAAGACGAGCAGAGAACGACACGUCGCGAGGAACUUGUACAAUUUCUUCUGCUUCAACAACUUCAUUGUCUUCUCGCUCUUCUCCUCGGUGUUCACCUUGGUUUCGGAGGCGGUCAGGGGGAAGGGCUGGGAAGACAUUCAGAUCUUCCAUCAAUUCAUGCUCGGUCUUUGUGGAGUUAGUACGUACUGGAUCACCUGGAUGCUGCAGCGAAACCUGGGUGCUGCUGUCGAUUUGAGUCAGUUGUUCACACUGAUCUGGGGAUCGUUCUCGAGGCGAUUCUUGUCACCAACGCCUCGUACGUUGAUUGAGCUUUCUGCGCCGCAGGCAUUCGACUACGCUGGCUACUACAACUACUUUCUGUUCUACUCGACUGUGGCCCUGGCAUUCUCUUGCAUCCAGCCUCUGGUCCUGGCGGUCACGGCGCUCUACUUCUGGAUGGACUCAUUCAUGAAGAAAUAUUUAAUAAUGUACGUUUUCAUAACAAAGUACGAAUCUGGGGGCAUGUUUUGGCGGUCUGUCUACAACCGCAUGAUGUUUCUGACCAUACUUGGCAACGCGGUCACGGCGUUGGUCAUCGCUGCCAACGGACAGCAGGGCAACAUCAAUACCAACUGGGCUGGACUCGCUGCGAUGCUCCCCUUGCCGUUCAUCGUCAUGGGGUUCAAGUGGUACUGUGCGCGGACAUUCGACGAUGAGAUUCACUACUAUCAGAAAGGACAGGCCAUUGGUGAUUCCGAGGGUUUGGCCGGAACUGAGGAGGGCAAGAAGAAGCGCAAGGGAGAUCGAGUUGCAACUCGCUUCGGUCACCCAGUGCUUUACAAGCCUCUGAUCACGCCCAUGGUGGCGUCAAAGUCUCAGCAUCUGCUGAAGUCCAUCUACACGGGACGAACAUCGAUGGAUCAGGACGGAGCAACAGCCACUGGAUACAGCGACGUCUACAUGGACAACAUGGACAACCGCCAGCCUGGAAAGACUGCGGGUGGCACUAGCGCUGCACCACAGAACUGGGAAAUUGUCAACGAGAACGAAAUGGACUUUGAGCAUUACAAGAACCGUCCCGAAUUCCGCGACGAAGCUGGAGGCGAUGGCGAGCUGUUUGGUCGUUCUGGUGAUAUGAUACGACCGGGGACCCCAAGCAGUGUGACGACGGGUGUCACAAGGGCAGGCACAUUCGAGUCGAACUACAGCAGAAGUGCCAGCGGAUCACGAGAUCCCUAUGGCCGAAGCCGCAGCGAGUCUCGAGACUCGGAACGCAAGGGCGCAGAUGUUGGUAUGGUGUAUCCCGCAGGAUAUCACCAAACACCAUCCAACCUGCGCGAGCAAUCACCAGUGGGUAGCGAGCAUGGCUUCUCUCGACCAGGCCACCUCGCACGGCAGGAGAGCCGUGACGGGCUCAUGUCGACCGCAGCACCACCAGGACGCAGCACGCCUGUAGACCAUUUCGCGGGGACUCCAGGUGGCUACGGCCCUGUACGAUAUGGAAAUAUCCCUGGCGACACACCAGGAUACAAUUCCAACGAAGAAGAUACGAGCUACGAUUACUUCCGACGUGGAAGGACGCAAGGAAGAUAG